GUCCCUCUUCUCCCCUCCUCCUAAACCUCUCUCCUCAGCCUACAAAAAUGCCAACCCGUCUUACCCUUUUCUCUUGCCAAACCAUAAAACACCACCACCUUUCCUUUUCUUUACUUUCUCUGCUCAAAUUCUCAAUCUUUCUUCACCAUGUCAUCGCUUUCUGUUCGCUGUUUAUCGCUUCCCCUGUCUUCUUCUUCCCACAAAACAAGGCUCCACGCCACCACUCCGGCGGCGGCACCGCCGGCCCCGGUGGAAGUUGAUGCCUCGAGACUGGAGCCCAGAGUGGAGGAGAAAGAUGGGUUCUGGGUUUUGAAGGAGAAGUUCAGGCAAGGUAUUAAUCCUCAAGAGAAGGUGAAGAUUGAGAAAGAGCCCAUGAAGCUUUUCAUGGAUAAUGGAAUUGAGGACCUUGCCAAGAUGUCAAUGGAGGAGAUUGACAAGGAUAAGAGUACCAAGGAUGAUAUUGAUGUCAGGCUAAAGUGGCUUGGUCUCUUUCACAGGAGAAAGCAUCAGUAUGGUAGAUUUAUGAUGAGGUUGAAGCUACCAAAUGGUGUUACAACAAGUGCUCAAACAAGGUACUUAGCUAGUGUGAUAAGAAAAUAUGGAAAGGACGGUUGUGCAGAUGUGACAACAAGGCAAAAUUGGCAAAUUCGUGGAGUGGUUUUGCCUGAUGUCCCAGAUAUUCUUAAGGGUCUAGCUGAGGUUGGCUUGACAAGCCUGCAGAGUGGCAUGGAUAAUGUGAGAAACCCGGUAGGAAAUCCUCUUGCUGGAGUUGACCCAGAUGAGAUUGUUGAUACAAGACCUUACACAAACUUGUUAUCCCAACAUAUCACUGCUAACUUUCGUGGCAAUCCAACCGUCACUAACUUGCCAAGGAAGUGGAAUGUUUGUGUUGUGGGCACCCAUGAUCUUUUUGAGCACCCUCACAUCAAUGAUCUUGCUUACAUGCCUGCCACUAAAGAUGGACGAUUUGGAUUCAAUUUGCUUGUGGGAGGCUUUUUCAGUCCCAAACGGUGUGAAGAGGCAAUUCCUCUUGAUGCCUGGGUAUCUGCAGAUGAUAUUAUCCCUGUUUGCAAAGCAGUACUCGAGGCCUAUAGAGAUCUUGGCACCAGAGGCAACAGACAAAAGACUAGAAUGAUGUGGUUGAUCGACGAACUUGGAGUAGAAGGAUUCAGGUCAGAGGUAGAGAAGAGAAUGCCUGGGCAGACACUAGAGAGAGCCUCUCCUGAGGAUCUUAUUGAGAAGCAAUGGGAGAGGAGAGAUUAUCUAGGAGUUCAUCCACAGAAACAGGAAGGCCUAAGCUAUGUGGGUGUGCAUAUUCCUGUUGGCCGAGUCCAAGCAGAUGAUAUGGAUGAACUAGCUCGUCUAGCCGAUGAGUAUGGUACAGGGGAACUCCGCCUCACUGUAGAGCAGAACAUCAUUAUUCCUAACAUUGAGAAUGCAAAGCUCGACUCUUUGCUUAAAGAGCCUCUUCUAAAAAGAUUUUCACCAGAGCCACCAAUUCUCAUGAAGGGGUUGGUGGCCUGCACUGGCAACCAGUUCUGUGGCCAAGCUAUCAUUGAGACAAAGGCCAGAGCCUUGAAGGUGACUGAGGAAGUGCAAAGGCAAGUGUCAGUGACUCGGGCAGUGAGGAUGCAUUGGACCGGUUGUCCGAACACUUGUGGGCAAGUUCAGGUGGCUGAUAUUGGUUUUAUGGGGUGCAUGGCAAGGGAUGAGAAUGGGAAAAUUUGUGAAGGGGCUGAUGUUUUCUUGGGAGGGAGAAUAGGGAGCGACUCACAUUUGGGAGAACUUCACAAGAAAGGUGUCCCUUGUAAGGACUUGGUGCCAGUGGUUGUGGACCUUUUGAUCAACCAUUUUGGGGCCGUUCCGAGGGAGAGGGAAGAAGGAGAGGAGUGAUUCAAACUUGACUAGUAAUAUUUGGUGGUGGUCUUCUACCAAGUUCAGGAAUUUUCAUCAAAGGCCUCAACCCUCAGAGAGUAGAGAGGAGGAAGAGCACUGGGUAUUUAUUAACAACUUCACUCGUUUUGUUGUAUUGACCCUGAUUGAAGCUUCUUAUGCAUGUAAAGUAGGAUAUUGAAACCAAGUUUUUUUUUCUUAAAAUAAAACUGUAAUUUUUAAAGUGAUUGAGAAUAAUAAAAAUGUUAUUUAUUUUAA